AUAGACAAAUACCUCUAUAAUAUCGUGCUUAUGCUUUGAAAUAGGUGGUGAAGAUUCGCUGACCGUGGUCACCUUUACUCUUGAAGCUUAAACCCCUGAAACCCCAAUCCGACUCGUCUGAGUGGACUCGUCUCCUUUCCCUUACAGGGUUUCUUUCCGCGGCUUACGAAUUCCACUUCUGUUUGGCAAUCAUGAGUCGGCAUCCGGAGGUUCUUUGGGCUCAACGAUCUGAUAAGCUUUAUCUAACCGUUGCGUUACCUGACGCCAAGGACAUUUCUGUCAAAUGUGAGCCUCAAGGGCUUUUCACUUUCUCGGCUGUUGGAGUUCAGGGCGAAUCCUUCAGCUUCUCUUUGCAACUUUACGGGAACAUUGUGCCUGAGAAAUGUAGGACUAAAGUUGGGUUAAGGAACAUUAUAUGCUCCAUUCAGAAAGAAGAGAAAGGUUGGUGGAAAAGGCUGCUCAAGUCUGAAGAGAAACCUGCACCUUACAUUAAGGUUGAUUGGAACAAAUGGUGCGAUGAGGAUGAUGAAGAGUCGGAGUCUGAUUUGGCCUCUGAUGAUGAUGAUGCUGCGUAUGCUGGUCAAGAUGAUGAAAGCAGUGACGAAGAGGGAAUGCUCUACCUCCCUGACUUGGAAAAGGCAAGAGGAAAUUGAUACUAACUAGUAACAUGGAAGACAAACCUUUCGAUCUGUUAUGCCGUUCAUUAGUACACGAGGGGAAAUCUCCGUUCUUGCAAUGACGACGAUUAUCAUAACGUAGUCUGUAUAUAUAUAUAUACACCCUAUCUUAUCUGUGCUGAGAAAGCGUUUGUUUGCUUAAUGAUUUUCAUAGUUGGCUAUUAACUAGAUUUUAAUAUGAUUUCUGAUA